AAUAAUUUUGAUCUAGCAAUCGGAGGAUUUGUUGUCUGUCCCUUCUACGUUUUGGUUGAACGGCUUUUUGUAGGAAAUUUACAAACAAAAAUAAAUUUCGAAUUAUCUAAAUCGACAAUAAAAUGUGGUUUUUUCGGCAGAAUCUUGAUGUAGAUACUUCGAUAAAGAUAUCGCCACUAUGCUAUAGAUGGCAAUCAUGUUGUUGGAUUGUCUUGAAAGGCCUCAAUAUAUGGAGAUUCAUCUUGGGGCUACACCCAGCUUUUCAAAUGGUUAUAUCGUUUUUACUGAUUGGCCUCGGUGUAAAGGCGAUACUUUCUUUGAAGAGUAAAUGGCAAAGACGUGAAAAGGUACAAGAGAAUCCUGUUGCGGAAGUCUUGCCUGUGGCAGAGUUGGCACCUUUGGUUCCCGAGCCUGAAGUAGCCUUGCCUGAAGUGAUUUAUGACCCCGAGCCUGCAGACACAUCCGAUCAAAGUGCUUUAAUUCAAGACGAAAACCCACCUGAAACCGAAAUACCAAGCCCUUCGCAGCAGCCGCAAAGUGUGACACCGACUAAUCAGAGGGAAACUAGACCCAAGCAGAUGAGGAAAACAAGGAUCCCAGUUUUAAAUUCAAAAACAAACAACGGACCUCAAACUUCUCCAAAGGAAAUUCCGUUGAAGCGUUCUCCGGCUUUGACUAACCCUAAUCCCAGACCGAUGGGAUCUUCACCCACUGAUUUAAAUUCAAAUCCGCGUCAGAAUGAUGUACGCAAACGCGUAAAUAACUCAACCUCCCGCAACUGGAAGUUGUAGAUUUGCAGGGAGUUGGCCAGGAGAAGCUCUAAAUUUUCCUUUUGAAUAUUAAACUAGGAUUUUUACAGUACAGGAUUUGUAAAUAUUUUCACAGGCAUUCAAGAAGUACCCUGUAUAAAUAAUAAACUACAAAUAGAAAACA